GCCGUCGCUCUCUGCGUGUCCGUCCCUACUUCUCGAGGAAAACGAGAUAUGGAGUGCAACAGAGAUGAUGCAAUCAGAUCAAAGGAGGUUGCUGAAAGGAAGUUCAAGGAGAACGAUUUUGCGGGUGCGAAGAAGUUUGCCUUGAAAGCAAAGGCUCUUUUCGAGCUUGAGGGCAUUGAUCAGAUGAUUCUAGCCUUGGAUGUCCACCUAAAGGCGCAGACCAAGUUUGAAGGGGAGCAUGACUGGUAUGGCAUCCUAGAAGUAUCAACCUUCGCUGAUGAGGAGACUAUCAAGAAGCAGUACAAGAAGCUGGCCUUACAAACUCAUCCUGACAAGAACAGAUUCAUUGGUGCUGAUGGUGCUUUCAAGCUCAUAUCAGAUGCUUGGAAUGCCUUGUCUGACAAAAACAAGAGGAUACUUCAUGAUCACAGAAGGCAUAUGAGCUCUGUAGGAGUCCAUCAGAAUAACUCGCAAGCAAAUGUUCAGAGCACUUCCAGUUCCUCUAUGCCAAGUAUGAAUGGCUUCUGCAGACAAAAUACUGGUCCAGCCUCACCUGCCUAUGUGCCGUGCCAUAAUAUUCCAAUGGCAAGCACAUUUUGGACAUUCUGCAACUCUUGUGGCAUGAGCUUCCAGUAUCCAAGCAAAUACUUCAAAGUUUUUAUGAAGUGUCCAGUUUGCCCUAACGUGUUUGAGGCUGUAGAAGUUCCUCCUCCACCAACUCCAAUUUAUGCUAAUGAACCGAGGACAAUGGAUACUAGUACUAGUAUGGGUGGUGCAGCAGUUCCAGAUAGGGCAAUGCCAAGAAAAGGAGUGGCUAGUGGCAGCCAAAAUCGUGAUCCUAUGCUGCAGCGGUGUUCUUCAACCAAAUCUGCAGCCCGUGUGCACACUUCUUCACAUAAAGUGCAACAGACACAUGGUACUGUUCCAGGUCCUUCCUUUGGGUCAUCAGUUCCGGCAACCAGUGUCCUUAAAAGAAGAGUUGCAGAAGCAAAGGGUAAGGAAGCUGCAAAGAAGAGGUACAAGAAAGUGGUGUCACAAUCAACAAGCUCUGGCCUUGAUGGUGACUCAUGUUCACAGACACACCCAGCAAAAAGAAAGGCUCGUUCCACUGAUCGGGCAUCAGGAACCAAGAGACGCAAGGAGAUUUCUAAUUGUCUCAACGAUGAAGCUGUCGGAACCAGUCUCAUUAAGGGGAUCGAGCAGUUGGAUAUGCGAGGCAUACUAAUCGACAAGAUGAAACUCCAAUAUCGGGACAAAUUGGAGGAGUUCAACAGGAGGAAGGCUAAUGUGGAGAAGCAACAAAAUAAGCAAACUAGUGAGAAAAUAAAGCAAGGGGUUGGAUGUAGCACAGCAGUUGAUACCAAGAAAUUAAAGAGGACACAAAGCAGUAACUCAGUCCAUCCAGAAGAAGAUAAUGGGAAAGGGCUGGCUUGCAAAAGAGUAGUUUUGGAAGGAAAGGAGAAGGCACAGAACAGCAAAUGCGCUGGUUCUGGAGAAUUGGAGUCACGGGAGUGGAAGAAACCUGAAAUACGUUUUGUGUACACCAGAAGAAGCCGUGAGGAACAAGAACCAUCUCCUGAUGAAAUGCUUGUCCCUGAUGCAGAUUUCCGCAGCUUUGGUGAUCAUCCCGCAAGCUCUUUCCAGAAGGAUCAAGUGUGGGCCACAUACGAUGAAGAAGAUGGCAUGCCUCGCUACUAUGCUCUGAUCCGUAAAGUGCACUCCUCACACCCUUUCAAUGUUAGACUUGCAUUCCUCAAAGCGGAUGACUGCGAUGAGUUUGGAAAUUCAGAUUGGCUCUCAUGUGGAUACUCCAAGACCUGUGGCGAUUUCAGGCCUGGUGCGUCCAAAGAUAUUGACCAGCUGAAUACAUUCUCUCAUGUUGUCGCAUGGGAGAAAGGUCCAGGUAGAAUCAUGAGAAUUUUUCCCAAGAAAGGUGAUAUCUGGGCCCUGUACCAGAACUGGUCUGCUGACUGGGAUGAACUCACACCUGACGAAACAAUGUACAAGUAUGAGUUGGUGCAGGUUCUUGACAGCUACAGCCCAGGUGAAGGCAUUUCUGUUAUGCCUAUAGAGAAAGUCCCUGGUUUUGUGUCAGUGUUCAAGCCACUUGUGGACCCAACAAAGAGCAGGAGGAUUCCAAACGAGGAGAUGUUGCGGUUUUCACACCAGGUGCCAUUUCAUGUCCUUACUGGUGAAGAAGCUGACAACUCUCCUAAGGGGUGCUAUGAACUGGAUCCAGGCUCAACACCAAAGGAACUUCUCCACAAGUAGUUCCAGUCCGAUGAUGCCUUCUAAGCUUGCUCUGUAGUCCGCUUCACCAGAAUAUUUUCUUUUUCACUUCUUUCAACCUGGUGUUUUGUUGGGUGGUGCGGUUUCUCUAGAACUGUACCAUAUAUACCCUGGUCGUGCUUUUGACCUGUAGAUAUAGUCCCCAAGUAUACCCCCAUGUUGUGUCAUGUAGCAGCAUCCUUGUUAAGGGUAAACAUA